GGCCCCCACCCCUUCCCUCCUCCAUUUCCAUCCGGUCCGCGAUCGCGGCGGACCCCACAGUCAACGCGCGCCGUGAGUCACACUCCACAGCCAAUCCCUGGCCACAUCCGGGCUCGCCCCCGGCCCGCCCCAUUGUUCCCACAAGCCCGGAACCCACCAAAUCCCGCCCCUCCCCUCCCAAAAAAACACCCCUUAUCCAGUCUUUUCCAGCCUAGAGAUCACAGCCUAGCCCUCAGCCAAAGCGCGCACUGAGUGCAAACCCCAGAGUCAGUCCGUGUCCCGGCUCCGCCCCCCGCGUCCGAAUCCCGCCCAGCCAGGCCCUCAAGCCCAGGCGGGUCUCGAGCCUGGAGAGGCGAGGUUCCAGCACCAGAUAGAAAAUGUCAUUGAAAUUCACAAAUGCAAAACGGAUUGAAGGACUUGAUGGUAAUAUGUGGAUUGAAUUUACCAAAUUGGCUGCAGACCCUUCUGUUGUGAAUCUUGGCCAAGGCUUUCCAGAUAUAUCCCCUCCUACAUAUGUAAAAGAAGAAUUAUCAAAGAUUUCAGCAAUCGAUAGCCUGAAUCAGUAUACACGAGGCUUUGGCCAUCCAUCACUUGUGAAAGCUCUGUCCUACCUGUAUGAAAAGCUUUAUCAAAAGCAAAUCGAUUCAAAUAAAGAAAUCCUUGUGACAGUAGGAGCAUAUGGAUCUCUUUUUAACACCGUUCAAGCAUUAAUUGAUGAGGGAGAUGAAGUCAUACUAAUAGUGCCUUUCUAUGACUGCUAUGAGCCCAUGGUGAGAAUGGCUGGAGCAACACCUGUUUUUAUUCCCCUGAGAUCUAAACCUGUUGAUGGAAAAAGAUGGUCUAGUUCUGACUGGACAUUAGAUCCUCAAGAACUGGAAAGUAAAUUUAAUUCCAAAACCAAAGCUAUUAUACUAAAUACUCCACAUAACCCACUUGGCAAGGUGUAUAACAAAGAGGAACUGCAAGUAAUUGCUGACCUUUGCAUCAAAUAUGACACACUCUGCAUCAGCGAUGAGGUUUAUGAAUGGCUUGUAUAUUCUGGAAAUAAGCACUUAAAAAUAGCUACUUUUCCAGGUAUGUGGGAGAGAACAAUAACAAUAGGAAGUGCUGGAAAGACUUUCAGUGUAACUGGCUGGAAGCUUGGCUGGUCCAUUGGUCCGAAUCAUUUGAUAAAACAUUUACAGACAGUUCAACAAAACACAAUUUAUACUUGUGCAACUCCUUUACAGGAAGCCUUGGCUCAAGCUUUCUGGAUUGACAUCAAGCGCAUGGAUGACCCAGAAUGUUACUUUAAUUCUUUGCCAAAAGAGUUAGAAGUAAAAAGAGAUCGGAUGGUACAUUUACUGGAAAGUGUUGGCCUAAAACCCAUAGUUCCUGACGGAGGAUACUUCAUCAUCGCUGAUGUGUCUUUGCUAGAUCCAGACCUCUCUGAUAUGAAGAAUAAUGAGCCGUAUGACUAUAAGUUUGUGAAAUGGAUGACUAAACAUAAGAAACUAUCAGCCAUCCCCGUUUCAGCAUUCUGUAACUCAGAGACUAAAUCACAGUUUGAGAAGUUUGUGCGAUUUUGCUUCAUUAAAAAGGACAGCACACUGGAUGCUGCUGAAGAAAUCAUCAAGGCAUGGAGUGUACAGAAGUCUUGAUAUGUGCAGAAUGGAUUAAUGUUUGUUAGAUGACCUAGUAUGGAAUUGUUACUUAGUGCUGCCACCUGCUGGAUGUUAAAAGGUAUUUCGGUACAACUGGAAUUUAAAUAUUUACAUUGUUUUUCCAAAGCAGUUAACACAACUCCUAACAAUAUUCAGGGGAUCUGACCUUUUUUUUCAGUUGAAAUGUAUUAACACAUCUUCCAUGAUCAUUUUUUAAGAGAGUCAGCAUAACAUAGUGGAUAAGAACUGUGAGAUGUUUAACCUCUCAGUAACUUGGUUCCUUCAUUAUAAAAUGGGAAUAAAAUCAGUACCUGUUUCAUAUGAAGGUCAUUUCUGAGAAUUAAAUGGACUAAUGUAUGCAAAAGCCUGGCAAACAAUAAACACUCAUCUGACUUUA